AUUUCUUUCUUCGGAGGAAAAGGAAAUUAGAAGAGAAUAUAUAUUUUUUGGCGCGUAAAUCGCUAUGCCGAUGUGGAAUUCGGUAGCUAAUUUGAAGGAGAGUCUGAGUAAAAUCGCACUCGAUGUCUACGAUGAUGACGACGACGAUGAAGAGCUGUCAAUGUAUACUCCUCCGCCGCGCGAUCGAUUGAACAACGGGAAUUCAGUUUCUGAGCGGAGAAUUUCUCGAAGUUUUAGUCGUACGAAUACGCCGACGCAUUCGCCAGUCGUCAAUGGCUUUGAUUCCCCUUCUAAUCAUGAGAUGGAACAAUACGAAACAGAGAUUAAGAGACUUCAGGAAUCUGAGGCGGAAAUAAAAGCACUAUCAGUUAAUUAUGCAGCUUUAUUGAAGGAAAAAGAGGAUCAAAUUUUGAGGUUGAAUGAGGAAAAUGGAUCACUGAAACAGAAUCUUCUUACUACAAAUGCUGCUCUUAGUGCAUCUAAAACGGUUCCUAAGGGCAGUGGCGAUAUUUCCCCUAAUCGCUACAGUAAAUCUGCAACAAAAAUUCGUAGUGCUGGAGGCCCACUAACCAAUGGUAUUUCACCCAAGCAUGAUGGAUUAAGCAACGGAAUCACUUCAACCAAUGCAAAGGAACUCUCAGAUCCAAUGGAGGACAAAAAUAGGUCCCUCAUGUUGUUGCGAGAAACUCAUGAAGCUCAAAUGAAACAGGUGAUGGUUGAACUUGAUAAAGAACGCACCAAAUCAACAAGCAUGCAGAUGAGAUUCCAAGAGGAACAGAAGUUGAAUGGAUCGCUUCAACAGGAUUUGAGCUCAUUAAAAGAUGACAACAAUAAGAUUUUGAGAGAGAUGCACCAAAUACGUGACCAGCUAAAUCAGAAGAUAGCAGAAAUAGGAAGAUUGCAACUGGAGUUGCAGAAUAAAGAUAUACAAGAAACAGAUGACAGUGUGGAUAAAUUGCAAAGAGUAAUUGCCAACUUGGAGGAUGAAAAUAGAAAUAUCAAGAAAGAAAAAGAUGAAUUUGAGGCUGCCUUAAAAGCAAUUCAUUCUUAUCCAGUUCGCAAAGACAUACCUGGUGAUGUAGAUCCUUCAAUUAACCAUUCAAGUACCAUGAAUGAGGCACUGCCAGAAAAGGAGGAAACGCAUCAGGCUUUGCUUAAGCUGGAGAAAGAUUUGAAGGAAGCAUGCCAAGAAAGGGAUAAAGCAUUGCAGCAAUUGAAUCGUCUCAAGCAGCAUUUGUUGCAAAAGGAAUCCGAAGAAUCGGAGAAAAUGGACGAGGACAGCAAGAUCAUUGAGGAAUUACGAGAAAUCAAUGAACACCAACGAGUUCAAAUAUCACGCUUAGAGAAAAGUCUUAAACAGGCAGUUGGAAGUCAAGAAGAAAUAAAAAUGUCCAACAGUAAUGAACUCAAGAAGGCUAAAGAAAUUAUAGAUGAGCUCAAUAGAAAAUUGAGUAGCUAUGCGAGCACAAUAGACGCCAAGAACAUGGAAAUUCGAAACCUGCAAACUGCGCUUGGCCAGUAUUAUGCCGAAAUUGAAGCUAAGGAACGACUUGGUGAGGAGUUGUCAGUCUCAAAAGAAGAAUCGGCUAGACUUACGAAGCAGUUGAAGGAAGCACAUGAACAAGCAGAAGCAACAAAGAAGGAAAAGGAUGAAAUUCUAGCAAAGCUAUCACAAGCUGAAAGAAUGCUUGUUGAUGGAAAAAAUAGAGUUAAGAAGCUCGAGGAAGACAAUGAAAAACUGCGACGAGCUCUUGAGCAAAGCAUGACAAGGUUAAAUCGUAUGUCAGUGGACUCUGACUUUCUUGUUGACAGGCGCAUUGUGAUCAAAUUACUGGCGACAUAUUUCCAGAGAAACCACAGCAAAGAGGUUCUCGAUCUAAUGGCUCGCAUGCUGGGAUUUUCCGAUGAAGACAAACAAAGAAUAGGUAUUGCUCAGCAAGGAGGCGGCAAAGGUGUAGUUAGAGGUGUUUUGGGUCUUCCAGGUCGACUAGUUGGGGGUUUCUUGGGCAGCGGUUCAGCUGAAGCUCAUACGACAACUAUGGCAUCUGAUGACCAGUCGUUUACAGAUCUAUGGGUGGACUUUCUUCUCAAGGAGACCGAAAGAGAAAAGAGGGAGUCGGCAGAUGCUCCCAACCCUGAAAGCGCUUCAGUGCCGAGUCCCCCUUCAUCGGAUUAUAGAGGGCCCACCUCAGCUGCUCCGUUAGAUAGCUCAAGACCAAGCCCUUACCCCAACCAGAACCAAGCACCCUCGUACUCUCGUGGCAACUUCUUUCAACGCGAACAUUCUGAAUCCGAAUUUUCAACUGUUCCUCUCACCUCUUCAGAAAGCAAUUCCCAAAUCUCACGGCUGCUUCCAAGAUAUUGAUCGUUUGUCCAACUUUGACUGUAAAUACAAAAAAAUUUAUUGGUACAUAAUUUUCCGGCAUGCCUUGUGUUCUUUCAAUUCUUUUUCCCAUUUGUUGAUUUUAAAGGAAUUAAGAAUAUAGCAAACAGUGGGAUCUAUAUAGCAACUUCCCCAAUCAACCCCAGCGUUUUAGUUGAAACUAUUUGAAGUUAGAAGAUCGAUGAUAGGUUGUUAAAGUAUUACAUAUGCUUGAAAUGUAUGUGGACGUUCCAAGUUUUAUACCUAGACACCAUAUGUUUUUUCAA